GGCGUGCGCGGUCCCGGCGGCCGGGCGGUGUCUGCCGGCGGAGGGCCGGGGCCGGGGCCAUGGCGGGGGAGGAGGCCGCUGCCGCCGCUGCUGAGGAGAGAGAAGCCGGUAACGGCGGCAGCUACAAUGGCAAGUGUGUGUUCUGCAGGAUCGCCCGCCGGGAGGAGCCGGGCACGGCGCUGCUGCCCUGCCAGUACGAAGACCUUGUUUGCUUUAGAGAUAUCAAACCUGGUGCCCCCCACCACUAUCUGGUGGUGCCGGUGGAGCACAUGGGAAACUGCAAAACACUGAAGGCAGAACACAUACCUGUAGUGAAGAGGAUGAUGGAAGUUGGAAAAGCCGUCCUCCAGAGAAAUAAUUUUAGUGACUUGAAUGAUAUAAGAAUGGGUUUUCACUGGCCUCCAUUCUGCUCAAUAUCCCACUUGCAUCUUCAUGUCCUGGCCCCAGCCAGUCAGCUAGGAUUCUUAUCCAGACUCGUGUACAGAAUCAAUUCCUACUGGUUUAUCACGGCUGAACAACUGAUUGAGCGACUGCAAACUGAAAAUGCUGCCAGUUGAAAGCCCUUUUAGCCUUGUGUCACUAGCCACUUUGUUCUUUGUCUUUGAACUCUGAUUUAAGGUGGCACAGUUUGAUGUUGCCAAUAAUAUACCAGGACAAAAAAAAAAAAAGCUUUAAUUCCUUAUGAGGAGAUACACACAUAAUUUGUACCUGCCAACCUAAUUCUCCCAUUUGGAUACUUCAGUCUGUAUACUUCUCUGACAAUAAGGCCUUGUAUCUUAAUUAUAAUUUUAUAUUUGUGUAUAUAUAUACAUGCAUAAUACCUACACAUGCACAUGCACACAUGCAGAGACCUUUCCUAGUUAAAGUCAGGGUAUAGCAGCAGAAUGUACUGCAACUAAGGCAGCAAGCUGCUACUAACGGCAUGUACAUGGUACCAAAGGGAAUAUUUGUUGUGGAAUAAAGCUUUUAUUUUAAAGAUGCAUUGUUCUGGGAUUGCAAGCAACAUUUAAAACAUUUACGUUUCCAUCUGUAUUUGUAUGAUAUGUUAGUUAUGCCUAGUUAUUGGUAGGCACAUUGCUGAAAGUACACUACUAACUUUGUGGUGCUAAACCACUUUAAUAUAUUACCUGUCUUUUGAAUGUUAAUACAAUAGGUGCCCAAGAUGCGAUAAUGCUAUAUAACAUAGAAUAUAGUUUAAAUGUAUGUGUAAGUGGUUGUAUGUUGGACUCAUUUCCCUCUUAUAUGCACCACAUUUUAAGUUAGGUAUUGUAUGUUUACAAAAAAUGAUGUGAGAGUUCAGAGGAAUUGAUUUAAUAUACCGCUCUUCUGCAUGACAGUAGGAAAAAAAAAAAUCCAAAAUUUUAGAUGGUUCUGAUAGUGUUCUCGCUGGCAGUCCCUUGGAGAUUACUAAUGCCUUGGCUAAGUUUGAUUUCUAAAUGAAGUCAUAAGAGAAAUGGGUCCUUAGUGCAGUGAGUCUGUGGCAGGCUUGCGUAACAGCAAUGUGAUUUGAAUUUGGGGACUCAGCCCAAAAUUGGAACGUGUCGGGUUGCUGUAUGAACCAUUGCUGUAUGCCUCUAAGCAGUACUGCCAGCACUCUGUUUGUCAAUACCAUAUUAAGGCAGACUGUUGGGAAAGUUCAGGCUCCAGAAAACAUGGAGUGGAUUUUCUUGGUUCACAGAGCCUCUCUUGGUGCCUCACUAAUCGAGUGUCCUCGGCUGAUGCAUGCAGAUGCAGCUGAGGUGGUGAUGAUCUGUUGCACUUGCAAGCUUCCCCAAAGGUAAUCUUCUCAGUGUUUUCCACUGAUCCAGCAUCUGUUGCCUUAGUGGUACGAUGUAUUGUAAUAUUCUUACGGUAAACUAUAUGUAAUACUUCAGAAAGUUCACACCCUUCUGAAGAACAUUUUCUACCCAGAAGAGUUCACACCUUGCUCUUCUGUAAAAUCUCGUUCAUAAUAUCUUGUAAUUCUUUUAGUGGGUGCUCCCAUGUCAUUUGCAGCUCUUUAGGGGUUUAAUUUGUAACAUUAAGUAGGAAGAGUGUGAAUUAAAGCCACUGAACUUUGCCUCUGUGCAAUAGAUUAGGAGGUUUGAGCUGGCUCCUAGCUUUGUGAAAUACCUGAACAUUAAGAUCUUUCAAGAGUUAAUACUGUGUGUGUGUGUUCUCAUUUGUAAUUAAUUUAUGUAACUGUACUUAACUGUGACAUGUAAUAUUUAAAGUACCAACAUGAACCACUGUCAAAAAGGACUAAUAAACAGAAUAAAUGCUAAUCUUGGAAUGA